AUGGAGUCGCUGACUGCGGCGACCCCAUCACUGGGCUCCAGCUUGGUCUUGAGCCUAGCGGACCUUAACAUGCCGGAGCAGUUUGGGUUCGCGCAGCGUCAGGUCAUCACCCUUUUCUGCAUGCCCUCCGCAAACCAGGACGCCUUGCUGGCUCAGCAAGCAGGGUUAAGUCCAAACGAGCUCUUCAAGGAGACUGUCAACUUCGGUCUGCUCAAGGAGAUCCCCGACGCGCCGCUCGUCCUAUACUUCCGCAGCGUAAGCGGCACGAUAGCGAGCGGGUGGAGGCCCAACAGUUAUGUCCCCCUCUAG